AUGGUGUUGCUGGUACUGCAAGCCCUUCUGUCCUGCUUCUGCACCCUGCUGCCCAGGGUGGACUCUGCUGUGCCCUUGGAGGACUUCUACCCCUACGGUGAGGACAGCGGGGACUCUCAGACCAUCUCUCAGGACGACGGAGGCUCUGGACUUCAAGAGAUCUCUGUUGCCUUCCCCUUCUUUGGUGACAGGCACACAGGACUCUAUGUUAACAACAACGGCCUUGUGUCUUUUUUGAGGGAGGUCUCUCAGUUCACACCUGUAGCGUUUCCGAUUUCCGGGGACAGAAGGGUUGUGGCGGCGUUCUGGGCCGAUGUGGACAACCGUCGAGCAGGGAAAGUCUUCUACAGAGAGAGCCAGGACCUAUCCAUCCUGAGGAGGGCUUCAGGUGACGUCAGGACAUAUUUCUCAGAGUUCCCUGCCUUCAAUGCAACAUGGGUUCUCAUUUCAACAUGGCAUCAAGUUACUUUCUUUGGAGGAAACUCAAAAAGCCCGAUUAACACUUUCCAAGUGGUGCUGAUUACAGACGGAGAAUUUUCGUUCACUAUAUUCCAGUACAAUAACAUCACUUGGACAACAGGCAGGCAUGCAAGCAGUGGGGGCGACCUGUAUGGGCUGGGGGGCAUUGCAGCGCAGGCAGGUUUUAAUGCUGGAGAUGGCAAGCGCUAUUUCAACAUCCCUGGGUCUCGCACUGCUGAUGUGGUCAAUGUUGAGGAGACCACCAACGUGGGCUACCCAGGCAGAUGGGUCUUCCGCAUAGAUGACGCAAACGUGGAAGUCGGGAGCUGCAACUCUGCAUCAGUGUGUCCACACCUGCGCCCGUGCCUGAACGGAGGGCAGUGCAUCGAUGACUGCAUUACAGGCAACCCCUCCUUCACCUGCUCCUGCCUGGCUGGCUUUACUGGUCGCUGGUGCCAAAUCAGUGACCAGCGGUGCAUACUUUCAGAAUGAGGGGAGUUGUGUGGCGGAUGUUAUAAUCAGCUGAGUAAAUUCUGCGUGUGUGUUGCAGACAUUGAUGAGUGUGAGGACAGGCCAUGUCUUCACAACGCGUCGUGUGUGCAGGGACUUGGUAACUUCACCUGUGUGUGUGAGCCUGGUUACACUGGUGUCUUGUGUGAGACAGACAUAAACGAGUGUGAGUCCCAGCCCUGCCUGCAUGGAGGACAAUGCAUCGAUCAGGUGGCUGCUUUCACCUGUGUGUGUCCUCACACUUUCACCGGAAUGUUCUGUGAAACAGAGUUGGUGAUACCACAUGUGAAUUCCUCAGAAGCACUCAAUCAAACAGAGGAAUGUCUAUGCCAAAACAGGGGCGUCUGUGUGGACAUCAAUGGAACCUGUGAAUGCCCCUCAGGCUACACAGGACCCUACUGUCAGUUUGAAGUAACUCAAACAGUGUGCAGUAACAGCAGACCAUGUCCUGAUGGAAGUCCUUGUUUGGAAUACGGAGGGACCUACCUGUGUUCGUGUUAUACCGGAGUAGACCAUGAUCUUAUGGACUUUUACCCUUAUGUACAGCCCCAAUCGGUCUGUGACUCCUCUCCCUGUCUAAAUGGGGGGUACUGCUACGAACGAGAAGGAGGCUACACCUGCGAAUGCAGAUAUGGAUUCUGGGGGAACCACUGUGAAAAAGUUAGACUCAGUACCUGUGCCUCUAACCCCUGCCGCAAUGGGGGCUCCUGUAAGGAAGAGGCAGGAAGUUACAGAUGUGUGUGUCCUUACAGAUUCACUGGAAAGAACUGUGAAGUGGGAAAACCAGACCCUUGCUCCUCCGGUCCUUGUCUAAAUGGCGGGACAUGUUUUCACUACUUGGGAAAAUAUAAAUGUGAAUGCACUGAGGCGUACAGCGGCAGACACUGUCAGAUAAGCAGGAGCUCAGUGCAAACAUCUGCAGAGCUGGGCUGUGGGCUACCCCCGCAUGUCAAGCAUGCUGAAGUCCAGUUUUCCUCAACAACACCAGGCUCCGUUGCUGUGUACAUUUGUCACUCCGGCUUCACGUCUGUGCCCAGAGCCACUAAGAGCACCUGUGACAUUCAGGGAGACUGGAGCCAGCCGCCCGUUUGUGAGGAGAUCAACAAGUGCUUAUCACAGCCUUGUCUAAACGGCGGUUCUUGUCAAAAUAAGAUUGGAUCUUUUCAGUGUGUUUGCAAGGAGGGCUUCAGUGGGAAUCGCUGUCAGAUAGACUCAGAUGAAUGUCUGCUGGAACCCUGCAUGAACGAGGGAACGUGUGAGGACCAGCCCGGCUCCUACUUGUGUCACUGUCCACAAGGCUUCAAAGGCCAGAACUGUGAAAAAGAGCAGGACGGUUGUGACUCCAGUCCGUGUCUGAACGGAGGCGUGUGUCAAGCUUACAGACAGUUUUACAUGUGCACGUGCAAAGACGGCUUCUUUGGGGAGCAGUGCCAAAUGUUGGAGGACCCGUGUGUGCUGAAACCUUGUGGAAACCGUGGUCGUUGCUGGAGUGACAGGAGAGGAAACUACAACUGUGUCUGCAAAGUAGGUCUCACAGGCAAAGACUGCGACAAAGAUCUGCUGCCUCCUUCUGGUCUCCACGUGCUGCGGGUGGAGGAGAGCGAAGUGGAGCUGCGCUGGGAUCAGCCAAAGACUUCACAGAGUGUGGUCAGCAUGUUUACCAUUUCCUACGCUCCCCUGGGCAACAGCAUCCCUAAAACAGACUACCUGGACAGGCAGCGGUCCACCCACGUUCUGCGAGACCUGGAGCCUGGUGUGCUGUACAACAUCUCCACCGUCUCCGUCAAACUCAAAACCAACAGCAAUGACUCGAGCCGACCUGCCACUGCUCUGAUCCGCACCAGACCUCGGCGAGUGGAACAACUGCAGGUGGUUAAUGUGUCAUCCUCUCAGGUUUGGCUGAGCUGGCUGGUCCAGGCUGCUCAUCAUGCAGCGGUCAGCAGGGUGCACAUGUCCUUAGUGCCUUCAGACGGGAGUAAGACUCAGACUGCUGUCCUCAACACAAGCACCACAGAGUACACCUUCAGUUCCUUACAGGCUGGUCAGAUGUACACAGUGCACGUGCUGACUCAAAGUGGAAUCAGACCAGAUGAGUUUCCCUCCACCAGCCACUCUGCAGGACCUCUGUCAUUCUGGACAAGACCCCAGCCCCCACAGAACCUCUCUCUGUCCCACGUGACCUUUAACUCAGCAAUGAUCACCUGGGGCCACCACCCAGGAAACAUCUCAGAUGGCUUUGUGAUCAACGUGACCCGAGGGCUGAACACCAGGAGUCGCUUCCUGCCCAAUGGGAAGUUAAGAUCAUACACAGUCCGUGAGCUGACACCAGGACAGCAGUACCACGUGGUGCUCACUUCUGUUCAGAACACGGAGCAGGGACAGAUCCACAGUGUGCCACAGCAUGUGGCCUUCACUACCUUGCCGAUGCAGGUGAGAGUAGGGAGGAAAGAGAGGCCCACAGUGACGGGACAGGGAACUCAGACUGCACGCAAACUUUCUCCUCAAGACCUGGGAGAACCAACAGAAACAGGGAACUCAGAAGACUCGUUCAGAUACACUGAGCUGGUUGACAGUAGGGGAAAGAUAACAGCUAAGUUCACGCAUUUGCCUCGGAAAACUAUUCGACAUCGUGCAAAACCUGAUCCACCUAUCGUGUUAGAAAAGCUGGAGGAAACGACAAACAAAAUUAGCCUUGCACUUGAGAUAGAAGAAAAAGGUUCAAGGACACAGCCUGAGUCGCCUCAGGACUGCCAUAGCCGCUCCUGCCAGAAUGGAGGGACGUGUGUGAGCGACGGCGACUCUUUCAUCUGCAGCUGUGCAGCCAGAUUUAAAGGCAGACACUGUGAGCUGUUGUGCCAGCGAACGCCCCAUUCCUGCACCCGUUUCUACUCUGAAACCAAGAGUGUCCCUGUGUGGGAGGGUGGGGUGUGCCGCUACCUGUACAAAAGAAUAUAUAAACAGCAGCAGGACGUGUGUUACCGUGAGACUUGUGAACCGGUGCUCCCCAACAGAAGUCAAACCAGAAGAAGAUCCAGACAACAAUGAAGACUUGUUUGCUUGAGUAAACGUAAUUCAGAUGUAGGUACUGUAAAAAAAAAAAAAAAAAAGAUAUACUGAAUGUUCAAAGGUUUA